AUGUAUGAGAAUGUCACCAAGAACAUACAAAGUAGCGAAGGGCAUGCCGAGUGGCCCUUCGUGAGCAGGGUCGUGGAACAGAUUUAUCGCUUCACUCUUGGUGGUGUGGCAGGCGGCUUUGGGGCUGCGGUAGUUUAUCCCAUUGACCUCGUCAAAACUCGGAUGCAGAACCAACGCACCCUGCUCAGUAAACAGGGUAACCCGAAAGUGCAACCAGUUUAUAGCAGUGGCUUCGAUUGCUUCUGCAAAGUUCUUCGAUUUGAAGGUGCGCGGAAGUUAUACUGCGGUUUGUUACCCCAAUUGAUUGGUGUCGCUCCAGAGAAGGCCAUAAAAUUGACCGUCAACGAUUUUCUAAAGGAUCGCUUUCGUGUACCACUAGGCCACCUCUCUCUCAAGGCGGAGGUGAUUGCAGGCGGUUGUGCAGGAGCCUCACAGACCAUUUUCACGAACCCAGUAGAAGUUGUCAAAAUUCGCCUUCAGGUUGCCGGCGAAGUGAGUGGCUCAACCCCCUCCGCCCUGCAGAUCGUACAAAAACUCGGCAUCAUCGGUUUGUACAAAGGAGCCGCUGUCAGCUGCACUCGGGACGUCGCCUUUUCCGCCGUCUACUUCCCCACUUACUCGCACCUCAAGGCCGCCCUCGCCAACGAGGCGGGCGAGACCUCGUCCGUCGGUCUGCUGGUUGUGGGCUGUUUGGCGGGCGUUCCCGCCGCUGUCAUUGGAACCCCCGCCGACGUUGUCAAAACUCGACUUCAAGUUGCCGUACGCCCAGGUCAGGCUGCUUAUGAUGGUAUCUUUGAUUGCGUUUUACGAAUGUACCGUGAGGAAGGUAGCAGGGCCUUCUGGAAAGGCGUCAUGCCACGUGUCUUACGUUCGAGCCCUCAAUUUGGCUUCACAAUGCUCGCUUACGAGAUGCUUCAGUGGUUCUUUAAUGUUACCUUUUGA